ACAGCACUGAAAUUCAAAUAUUGAACAGAUCUGUUUGUUUAAAAAAAAGAAGGAAAGAACGACGCGUCUGCAGAAACAGCGGCUGAGAAGCUGUCCGCGUUUUGUGUAUUAGGAUAGAUAAACGACGAUUAUUCAAUAUACGUUAGCUAAAUCAAUAGAUUUGAACAAAGAAACUCUUAUCGGAAUGGAUCCGUUUACCGAGAAACUCCUGGAGAGGACCCGUGCUCGCAGGGAGAACCUGCAGAAGAAGAUGGCAGAGAGACCCACUGCUGCUAACAGACAGAUGGCCAAGCGAACUAGGGAACCUCUGGCUGAGACCUGCAACAGCCUGAUCACAGUGCCUGUCAUCGAAAAAGCCCCUCACCCAUCCAGCAAGCCCUCUCCCUCAAAGCGGAGUCGUUCAGGUGAACUUGGCCAGCCCACCAUGAUUGGCGAGGAGAACAGGGAGCCUUCAAUGACUCCUCGCACCCUGACCCCUACUCUGACAGACCCCCAGACUGACCGGAAGCCCCCAACAGGCCCAGCCAGCAUCCGCUCUUCCGCCUCUUCUUUGGAGAGGGUGGCUAUCCGCCCUCCUGCUCCCGUUCCUGAACCAGAGCCCAUGCUGGCAGCACAGCUUGUCCCAGAGCAGGCCAGGGGGGUAGCACGCUCUGCCCCAGAACUAGAGAAAGUGGCUGUGAGUGCUGCUCCACAGCCACAGAGGACCAAGAAUGUGGAGGUUGUGCCUGCUAGCCCGGUUCUUCAGAGGAACCGAGAAGUGCAGAGGGAGGCUCCCACCUCCUCUACCCCUGCUGCCAUGAAGUCUCGCCUGGCCAGACUGGCUGAACAGAGGCAGUACUGGGAUUCUGAAGGUACCUCUGAGGUUCCAGACAUCCCAGCAGCUCUGUCCCCAGUAAAGAGCCAGACCCACCCUAGGCAGGCUGUGGCCCCGGUCCCCACACCUGUCCCUGCUGCUGCAUCCUCAGAAGCCUCCGUGGGCAGGAAGGGUCGACUGGCCAACCUCGCUGCCAGCAUUGGGUCCUGGGAGGACGACCUCAGCCAUGCCGCCCCUCGUAGCAGAGACUAUGCACAAGGGAACCCUGGUACUGUCAGUAUCGCCACCCCUGCUAGGAGGAGAGAGGCAGGUGCCAAACCCAUCUCUGUGGCUGCAGACCGGACACAAAUGAGUCAGUCUUCAAAUGGCAAGCCUUUUCCGGACUCCAACCAGCAGCCUUUCAACUCCCCAGUCAAGUCCACCGGAGUGGUUCUUCCCAGCCCCCAGAAGACUGACGUAAAUGAAGCUAGACAGACUAGCAGAGGUCUCCCCUCUCCUUUACCCAGUCCCCAGAGGAGUUGCCAGGGUAGAGCCUCAGCCUUCACACCCAGCUCCCAAAAAGGUGCUCCCUCAGCCUCACCUGUGCCUCAGAGUCCCCUGAAGAACCAGGCCCUGUCCCGAGCCCUGGAGGUCAACGCCAGCCCCAAGAAGUCAGAGCUCCCUACACAGCCCUUUAACACUGAGCCCUCUGUCCUGCAGACCAGGGAGAGGUUCACCAAGGAAACUGCCCCGGCCACUCCCCUGCAGCAGAGAGGCACCGCAGGAGCAACUGGAACUCCAGGUGUCAAGUCAUUCAUGGAGCGUUUUGGGGAGAGGUGCCAGGAGCACUCCAGCCUGAGUUCCACUGAUACCAGCCAUGGAGCUGCCGCUCGUACCCCAACCGUAGUAAACCCGUCUGGGGCAGGCCUGGCUGGUCAUACCCCUGUGGUAAGCCAGUCUGGGACCCCCAACACCAGGCUGGUGAAGGAGAGGCUGAGAGCUGCCCAGGUUGCCAACACCACCACCGCUGACCUUGCACAGAAACUGGAGCGCGAGUCGGAACUGGCUCAGAUUCGUAACCGGUUCCAGAAAGGGAACAACAUUUGGAAGAUCAAGGCUGAAGUGGCAGACACCAAGAGAAACACAGAGGCCAAGGAUCUGAUUGAGCAGCCUGAUGAGCUAACUGCUUCCCCUCUGGAUGGCCUGAAUGCAGCACCCAAAAAACUCAAUGUACCUGCUGCCACCAACCCAACCUCCAGCCCUGUGAAGCAAGUAGUAUUGUCAGUGGAGGAAUCAGACGAAGAUGUGAGUCAUGAGCUAGAGGUGAACGUGGACCAGUCCAUCAACUCUGAUGUGAUCAACGAGAUCUUUGAUGGGCUCCAUGACCAGAGCGAGGUGCAGAGUGGUGAGGAGGAAGAUAAAUUGAACAUCUCCUCUAUGUCCAUCCUCGCCCCCUUCUCUGAGACUGUGGCUGCUGUGGUCAAGAGCCCAGUGAAGAUGAUGAUGUCCACUCCAGACAGUUCGUUCAACGCUAAGAGCCUAACUCCUGACAGUGUUUCCAGACCCAGUAAGUUCCAGAGGGCUCGCAUGCUCCGGGCUGGGUCAUCAGACAGCCUAGAGACAGAUGAUGGCCACAACCUGCCCUACAGUAUUGAUGCGUACAGGUCGACCAGGAUCAGGGACAGUACGGAGAGGCCUCGUGUGAGGCAGGUCAUCGCGAGGAAGGAGGAUGUGUCUCGUAGAGCAGCAGAGGAACCCAGGAGCCAAGGACACACCAACGUAAAACAGAAGAUGCAGGUUCUGACCAAUGAGAUGAACCUGCAGCAAACAGUGAUCAGCCAGGCUAGCCAGGCCCUGAACUGCUGUACUGAUGAGGAGCAUGGGAAAGGCUCGCAGGUGGAGGCAGAGGCUGAAAGGCUUUUGCUUAUAGCCACUGAGAAGCGGGGCGCCCUGAAGGCAGAGCUGGACCGUCUGAAGGGAAAAGGUCCUUGCGGUCAAAUGGGGCAGGGUGGAGACAUGGGGGUCACAGCCUCCAAGGGAUCCAUCUCCCUCCUGGAACUACGACUGCCCCUCAAAGCUGACUUUGUCUGCUCCGCUGCUAACAAUCCAGAGUGGUCCAGCCAUUACUUCUUCAUCAUGAUCCGUGCUGGAGCUGAGAAUACAGUUGCUACUCCCUUAGCCAGCACACGUAGUGCUAUCAGUGGAGACGCGAUCACCUUCUCUACCAAGUUCACCAUGCCUGACGCCUCUAAUGACUUUGCAAUUGAUAUUGAGGUUUACUGCCUGGUGCAGAAGCGUGAGUUGAACCCUGACAAGAGGAAGAAGCCCAGCAAGUCAAAGGCCAUUACUCCCAAGAGGUUCCUCGCCAUCACUAAGAGCAGUCUGACUCCAGUGGUGGCCAGUCCUGGGGGUCCUAAUGCAGUGCGCACCAGUAACUUUGUCCUGGUUGGGUCUCACAAGCUAACGCUAGCCUCUAUUGGGAAAAACAAGUUCUCAUUGGAGAAGGUGCCUUUCCUGUGCCCCUUGGAGGGACACCUCUACUUGAAGAUGCAGUGUGAGGUGGGCUCCUUGGUGGAGGAGAGAGGCUUCUUGACAAUGUUUGAGGAUGUGAGUGGGUUCGGAGCAUGGCACAGGAGAUGGUGUGUCCUGUCAGGAUACUCUAUCUCCUACUGGACCUACCCUGAUGAUGAGAAACGCAAGAACCCAAUAGGACGCAUCAACUUGGCCAACUGCACCAGUUGUAAGGUGGAGCCAGCCAACAGGGAGUUCUGUGCCCGGCCCAACACAUUUGAGCUGAUCACCGUCCGGCCUCAGAGAGAGAGUGACAUAGAGACGCUCGUCAGCCAGUGUAAAAACACAAUGUGUGUCACCAAGAACUGGCUGUGUGCCGACACCAAGGACGAGAGAAACGUGUGGAUGCAGAAGCUCAACCAGAUCCUAGUGGACUUGCGCAUGUGGCAGCCAGACUCCUGCUACAGGCCUGUUUGAGCACAGAGCCCCCGACCGGACCCGAGGGUAACACCCGGAAUGGCUCUGGGUCUCAUAUGGACUGUCACUAUCAGUGACACGAUGACUAAGUGCAAUACAGUUUGAAAGUUAUUAAAUAAGAUUUACCAGGAUGGUAUUUUUAGAGGUGCUUUAGUGGACAGUCAAGACAGUUUAAGUUUGGGAUGGGCAACUGGCGGAUCAAUCCCCCCCCAACUCAGUCAGGGUCUAAAUUUACUGUUGAGAGUUAUAGUAGACUAUACAAGGUGUAAUUUGGGUGUGAAUCAGCAGUUUUUUUUAUUUUUAUGUUGUCAGCUAACAUUUUUUAGAUUGUCUAGCCAGCUAUCUAAACUUGUGGUAGUCAUAGUCGAAUUACAUUCUGAGGGGGGGG